AUGGCUCUAAAACUCAUACCUCGCCAAAAUUCGGGAGCCAAGUCAGAUGGAAUGGUGCUUGCAGUUGGAGGCACUAGGGCUACAGUCCAGAUAUAUUCUGCGAAGGAUACCAAUGGCCUCAAGUUUGAGCCGAGUACUACUCUAACUGGACAUGAAAGCUGGAUCCGUUCUCUUGCGUUUUCACCUGUCAAGGAUAGCCCUACCGGUGAAGAUGGGCCUACAAACUCUCAGGACUUCCUUCUUGCUUCAUGCAGCCAGGAUAAAUACAUUCGCCUUUGGAAAGUGAGCCUAGGAGAAGGCACUACUUCAAAUACGCCUCAGAAUGUGGAAGACCAAUUGUUAGCUGGAGUGGAGCAGGCGACUUUAACUCCAAAGGCGCAUAAGUUUGACUUGAAUGGUGCCAAAUAUUCAAUAACAUUUGAAGCUCUUCUUUUUGGCCAUGAAGACUGGGUUUAUACUGUAGCAUGGCACCCAAACCCUCUCCAGCAACAGUUAUUAUCUGCUUCCGCAGAUAACUCUUUGGUCAUCUGGGAGCAGGACCCCGUAACUGGCGUCUGGUUUUCUUUAUCGAGAAUGGGAGAAAUUAGCUCUCUUAAAGGCUCUACCACGGCUACCGGUAGUGCUGGUGGCUUUUGGGUUGGUCUUUGGUCACCAUGCGGGGAUGUUGUUGUGUGCCUAGGCAGGACAGGCAGUUGGAGAUUCUGGAGACAUGAUACUGCGGCAGAUGUAUGGCUUCCUAUACCAGGAAUCACAGGACACGUUAGAGCAGUUUGUGAUAUUGCUUGGGAGACCAACGGAGGGUAUCUUUUGUCUACUAGUGGAGACCAAACAACGAGAUUAUAUGCUGAGUGGAAGAAGGGCAACCAUCACUCAUGGCAUGAGUUUUCACGGCCUCAAAUACAUGGCUAUGACCUCAACUGCCUUGCACCACUAGGCCCAUCUAGAUUUGUGUCGGGUGCCGAUGAAAAGCUUUUACGAGUCUUUAAUGAAACCAGGGCUGUGGCUAAUUUACUUACACGGCUAAGUGGACUAGCUAACCCGAAAAGCGACGAGGACAUGCCUGAUGCUGCAAGUAUUCCAGUUCUAGGGCUGUCUAAUAAAGCAAUGGACGAAGAGGUUGGCGAUGACGAGGGAGCAAACGAAGCCGGCGACCAAGGGGAACAGCAAACGGUGCAGCCAGAAGUAUAUAACCUGGAGUUUGACCAUCCACCGCUAGAGGACCAUCUCGCCAGACAUACACUUUGGCCGGAGCAUGAGAAACUAUAUGGCCAUGGAUACGAAAUAUCAGCAGUCACUGCAAGUCAUGACCUAUCAGUCAUCGCUACUGCAUGCAAGGCUAGUUCUAUCGACCAUGCAGUCAUUCGUUUAUAUGACACUUCAACAUGGAAUGAAGUACGGCCUCCGUUAACUGCCCAUUCAUUGACGAUAACCUCAUUGCGAUUUUCUGCGGAUGACAAAUAUCUGCUCAGUGUUGGGCGUGAUCGGCAAUGGGCGGUUUUUGAACGAGACUCGGUCAACAAAUUACAGUUUAAAUUGCUUGCUUCCAACCCGAAAGGCCAUUCAAGAAUGAUACUGAGUGCGAGCUGGGCACCACAUCCAACAGCUACGGUAUUUGCUACGGGUGGCCGUGACAAGUCCGUUAAGAUAUGGCUCAAGGAGGAUGACACAUUUACUGCCAAAACCACAAUCCCUUUCUCCUACCCAAUUACUGCUGUCGAUUUCCUGCCUAUAUCGGUGCAUGGUGGACUCUACAUCGCUAUUGGAGAUGACUCGGGUCGGAUAUUUGUCGGCAGGGUCCAGGUAGAGAGUUUGGAGGCAGGAGAGAUGCUCGUGAUUCCACAAACCGAGUGCCCGUCAAAAUCUGUUACUCAAAUAGCCUGGAGGCCAGUAAAGGGACUGGUAGAAGUUCAUGGAGAGGAUGUGACUGCAACUGGCAGAAAACCCGGAUACCAGCUUGCUGUUGCCAGUGAAGAUUCUUCAAUUCGUCUAUAUAAUAUUGAUAGUCUUCCGCCAAAAUAG